CUCCUCAUCUCUGCUGCUGCUGCUGCUGCUGCUGCUGCUGGGAUUUGUAGUCCUUUAAUCCCUUUCUGAUUAAAACGCGUGGAUCGUUGCAGCCCAGGUCAAAGAACACAAAGUCCCAGAGUGCUUUGCGUCCUCUCCACAUGAACCAGGGUGUUUUCCUCUCGGCGGAAACGAGGAUGUGUCCAGAAAGAGAAACAUAUUCAACCACAGACCAGUGAUAAUAAAAAAAACAUUUAUAUUAAAACACGAUGAGGAGGGAAGGAAGGAAGGAAUGAAGGAAGGAAGGAAGGAAGGAAGGAAGGAAGGAAGGAAGGAAGGAAGGAAGGAAGGAAGGAAGGAAGGAAGGAGGGAGCAUCCCAGGCUUUUAUUGUUUAGGCGCCACGCCGGAAGUGAUGUGCAUCCACUCCUCUUGACGUGUCCGCUCGUCAGUCCAUCACUGAGCAGACCUCGGUGGUCUGGGAGGGUCCAGUCUCCAUCACCGCCCCCCCGCUGACCGGCCGACCCGCGCCGUCUGUCCCCGGGUGGAGGAGCUGCGUGGGGCCGGGAGGAUGCUCUCCUGCGGCCGGGGAUCACAACUCCUCUCCGCCGUCCUCCGGCCGGGAUGCUGCGGUGUGAACCCGGGGCUGCUCCGCUCCUCUGCCGCUGAAGUUGGAUCAUCCUCGGGGAUUAAACCUUAGUUGGUGUCGCUGUCUCCUCCCUCCUCCCUCCUCCCUCCUCCCUCCGCUCCGGACCCGCCCGAGCCUCGUCUGCUCGUCCGACUGGAGGAAAUAAUCCGCUGCUUUUAUUGUGUGCUCCUGGAUCCCCGGACACCUCCUUCCUCCUCCUCCUCCUCCCAUCACCUCCUCCUGACUCUUCCUGACUCUUCCUGACUCCUCGCCGGCUCCUGCUCCAUCCACGCACGGAUUUGUCCUGAUGUGAGCGCGCGGCUGGAGGAGAAACGCCCGCUCUGUGACGACGGGCGGAGGAUUAGUGUGAGGAGGGAUUAUAGUUUCCAGGAGCGCGGUCCUCCAUCAGUGGAGGCAGUUACUGAUUUUUCAUUUCAUAUUUAGUGUCUGCGUAACUGUUGCGUCUUUGUCCGAACUUUCCAGACGCGCAGAGACAUUUAAACCAUCCUCAUCCUCCUCUUCUUCUUCUUUACGGCUCAAUUUAGGAAAAGUCCAAUUAAAUCUCCUGCAGGUGGAGGCGACUUCUGUUUUUAUUAUUAUUAUUAUUAUUAUUAUUAUUAUUAUUAUUAUUAUUAUUAUUAUUAUUUGGUUUGUGCGUAAUUGUUGCGUCUUUGUCCGAACUUUCCAGACGCGUAGAGACAUUUAACCCUCUCUUCCUUUUCUCCUUCUUCUUCUUCUUCGUCUUUACUCAGUUUCAGUAAAACCCAGUUAAAUCUCAUGAGUUUAUGAAGGAGGCUCCUCCAGGUGGAACUUGGCUCCUGAAAGUUCCUGGCGCGUCCUAAUUAAACGUCGCAUCUCUCUGUGGAACUUAGGAGCCGCCACGUUCCAGAGGAAGAAGAAGCUACGAGUCUUUCAUUUAUCUUUAGAAUAAUGAGAAUGAACUGAGAGAAGAUGACGCGUAAAAACCAAUCGACAUAAACCAGAGAAGAGUCUGGUUCUUCUAAAAACCGGAGCGGGAUCAUCGGGGUCCGGGGAGGAGGAGGAGGAGGAGGAGGACCGGGCUGGGGGCUGGAUGGGGGCAGGCGGACACUGCGUCCCGUCAGAUGAGUGAACAUGUCGGACCGGAGCGCCCCGGGGUGCCGGCUCAGACUGGACUGGGUCUACGGGUACCGGGGCCACCAGUGCCGGAAUAACCUGUUCUACACGGCCGGGAAGGAGGUGGUCUACUUCGUGGCCGGAGUCGGAGUCGUUUACAACACCAGGGAGCACAGCCAGAGGUUCUACCUGGGACACAACGAUGACAUCAUCAGCCUGGCGUUGCAUCCAGAGCGCUCCCUGGUGGCGACGGGGCAGGUGGGGAAGGACCCCUUCGUUUGUGUGUGGGACUCGUUCAGCGUCCAGACCGUCGCUCUGCUGCGUGACGGACACACCCACGGCGUCGCUUGCCUCGCCUUCAGCUCCGACGGACAGCGUUUAGCCUCGGUCGGCCUCGAUGCUAAGAACACCGUUUGUAUCUGGGAGUGGAGGAGGGGGAGGAUCCUGGCUACGUCCAGUGGACACUCAGACCGGAUCUUUGACAUCUGCUGGGAUCCGUUCCAGCAGAGUCGUCUGGUCACGUGUGGAGUCAAACACAUCAAGUUCUGGUCUCUCUGUGGUAACGCUCUGAGUCCUAAGCGCGGGAUCUUCGGGAAAACCGGGGACCUCCAGACCAUCCUGUGCGUCGCGUCGGCUAAAGAUGACAUCACGUACUCCGGAGCUCUGAACGGAGACGUUUACAUCUGGAAGAAUCUCAACCUGAUACGAACCGUUCAGUCGGCCCACGGGGCCGGUAUCUUCAGCAUGUAUUCCUGUGAGGAGGGUUUCGCCACAGGAGGAAGAGACGGAUGCAUCCGACUGUGGGACGUCGACUUCAAACCCAUCACCAAGAUCGACCUGAGAGACGCCGAGCAGGGAUACAAAGGUCUUUCCAUUCGAAGCGUCUGCUGGCGAGCCGACCGGAUCCUGGCAGGGACCUUGAGGGAGUAA